CGUAUCACCACUGCCCUCCCGUGGCGGAGUAAGCUAACUGUCGAUCCUGUUCGUCCUUAGGAGGAUGAUGAGCCUUGUGGCAAGUGAGAACGGGCGAGCGGAGCGCGCACAGCACACACGAGAACCUGCUGAAGGCCGUCGGGGUCGUGCGUUGUAAAUUAUGUACAUAAGUUCCUGAUAUUAUUCGGAUACACAUGAAUGGCCAGUCGCACAGCUUGGAGCCGUCAGACCGAGCAGCGAGUGGGAAAAUCUCUAAACCAACGGCAAACAUCGUCUGAACUGGAACACGUACACCAAGUGCUCCCUGCCUGUCUCUUACACAGACCGCGGCUCGACGACUCCGGUGGGGGAUUUUCAAGCCGAUAACGCCAACCGCGGCAGGCGUACAAGAUAUAUGCAGAAAGAAAAAACAAACGGAACCGCGAAUUUUUGUAAAAAGCUUUUUGUAAAUGUAUUUUUUCCAGUGGGUGUAAAAUAAUUUUGUAGGCACAAAGCCCGGUGUAAAUCUCGUGUACUAACGUUUGUAAAAAAAAGCUAAAGGAAUAUUUAAAAAAUCCAGUUAUCUCAGUGAGUUAGCUAGCUAUUAGCGCUGAGCAGCUCGUUUUUUAAAAAAUAAAUACAUCGCUGGACCGACGAGCUACGAUGCUACGUUUGGUUCCCAGUCCUCAGUACCUGCUGAAUCUUUCUACUCAUCCCUGUCUCCCUGCCUGUUAGAACAAAGCUCACUCAGGGUUUACUUGAAGAUAUUCACACAACGCUUUGAAAGAAAAACACUGCAGCUGCACUCCCAGCAGUCCUGAGAAAGAUUCCUGGUGUAGUGCGCAUUUGUUUGUAAGAACUGGGAGAAGUGUGGUUUACUAGGUACUGCACCUACGUGGGUUUUAAAGGACAUGUAGGAAAUGCUGAGGAGAACAGCGAGGACUGAAACUAUUUGCUUACAGAGAGCCGAAGAAAAAUAGGAGAAAGUUUGAUCAAGAACAGCCUUCAGUCAUCUGCCACACUGCAAGAACAGCCUGACAGACUAGAAGGGGUGAGUGGGUGACCACAGAAAGAGAGAGACACGGGGACUGACGGAGGAGCACAGGUUUGGAGGAGGAGGAGGAAGUCUAGGAGGAGUGGGAAAGGCCAUUCCCCAUGGCUACUGACCCAGGAGAGCCUACAGGCACUGAGGAAUCCACAGAGAAACCUGAUGGACAGAGGGAGGAGGACACGGAGCGGGAGGGCAGGGCUGACCCACAGAGGGAGAGGACACAUAGCACCCCCUCGGACUUCCCCUCCUCCCAGACUCAGGAGAGGAAAGCGACAGGAGGAGAGGAUGGAAGAAUCCCAGGAGGAGGAGGAGGGGAGUCCAGCCAGGCAGGUGAAGAGAACAAAGUCAGACUGAUUUCAUUUUCCACCCCCUCCUUACCAACUGACACUGGCCAGAAACGAUUGAGGAGGGAGAAGCGCUUCUUCAGAAAGAGUGUGGAGAUUUGUGAGGAGAACGAUGAGGUCGAGGUGCAGCCAGAGGCACCCCACAGUGCCCCCCAUCUUGAGCUGCGCUCCUCAGACUCAGUCUUCGCCAGCAGUGCUCAGCAGCAAGGGGUUGCUUCAUCCUGUGCUGCCUUGGGCCACGACCCAUCCUGCCCCAGCUCCAGUCAGGAACCUGGCAAGGAUGCUCCUUCCUCCACACCUACCCAGAGGGGGAAAGAGAGGGACCGUGAGCAAGAGGAGGAGGCAGAGAUGAAGGCGGUGGCCACCUCUCCUGGAGGCAGGUUCCUCAAGUUUGACAUUGAACUAGGCAGAGGAGCCUUCAAGACUGUGUACAAAGGCCUGGACACAGAGACUUGGGUUGAGGUGGCUUGGUGUGAACUUCAGGACCGCAAACUGACCAAGGCGGAGCAGCAACGCUUCAAGGAGGAGGCCGAGAUGCUGAAGGGGCUUCAGCACCCCAACAUCGUCCGAUUCUAUGAUUCUUGGGAGUCUGUGCUCCGCGGCAAGAAGUGCAUCGUUCUGGUCACUGAACUCAUGACUUCAGGAACACUCAAAACUUAUCUGAAGCGCUUUAAGGUGAUGAAACCCAAGGUCCUGAGGAGCUGGUGUAGGCAAAUCCUGAAGGGCCUUCAUUUCCUUCACACCAGGACUCCCCCAAUAGUCCACCGGGACCUCAAGUGUGACAACAUCUUCAUAACUGGCCCCACAGGCUCAGUGAAAAUAGGUGACCUGGGAUUGGCCACUCUUAUGCGGACCUCCUUUGCCAAGAGUGUUAUAGGAACCCCGGAAUUCAUGGCCCCGGAGAUGUAUGAGGAGCACUAUGACGAGUCUGUGGAUGUCUAUGCCUUUGGGAUGUGCAUGCUGGAAAUGGCCACUUCAGAAUACCCCUACUCUGAGUGUCAAAAUGCUGCUCAGAUCUAUCGCAAAGUCACAAGUGGCAUAAAGCCAGCUAGUUUUGAUAAAGUGAAUGACCCAGAGAUCAAAGAGAUCAUUGAAGGCUGCAUUCGUCAGAACAAGAGUCAGAGACUCUCCAUUCGAGACCUCCUGAACCAUGCAUUCUUUGGAGAGGACACAGGGGUGCGGGUGGAACUGGCAGAGGAGGACACAGGCACACAGGACUGUCUGGCUCUCCGGAUUUGGGUCGAAGAGCCCAAGAAGCUAAAAGGGAAGCAUAAAGACAAUGAGGCCAUCGAGUUCAGCUAUGACCUGGAGAAUGAUAGUGCUGAGGAAGUGGCUUUAGAGAUGGUGAAGUCAGGAUUUUUUCAUGAGAGUGAUGCUAAAGUGGUAGGAAAAUCCAUCCGGGACCGAGUAAAUCUGAUCAAAAAGUCACGGGAGCGUCGGCAGCAGCAGCUCCUCCAGCAGCAGCAAGGCUUUGAAGAAAGAAGAGACUCUACUCUCUCCUCUUACACAUUUACUCAUCCAUCCUGCCCGUCUUCACUGGGGCCAGGGGUAGCUGGACAGACAGGAGGAAGAGGAGUGGGAGGAGGAGGGCAGGAGUCUGAGGAGCUGCCUGAAGUGGACCAGCAUGUCAGGCAGCAGCAUAUUUUCAGUGGGACAACCCUUAGUCUGCCAGAAGGUGAGAGCAUUGGGUCUGCCAGCUGUGAAUCUUACACAAGUGGACAGAGUCAGGCGUACUCUCAGCAAGGGGAAUCAUACACCCACUCCCAGACUGCACUCCCCCCUAUGGCAUCUAGUACCGGCGCAUCAGCUCAUCCUCUAAUUGGUGAGAGUGGAAGUGCUCCGAAUGUACCUAUUGGCCAGAGUAUUAGUAUGUCCAGCACGUCCACAGGCCAGAGUGGAGGGGGACCUGUUGGCCAGACAUUUCUUCAGCCCAGUGCCAUGGUUCCACAGGUACCACCAAGUGUCCCUCAACAGUAUUUUCAGUCACAAACAUGCCCAUCAGAUGCAUUUCAAACUGCCACUCCCCAUGGGUCAAUAGCCCCCUCACAGUCAUACAUACCCCCUGUUUCCCCACAAGCGCCCAUUAAUGUUCUCACUACAUCCAUGUCAGUCAGUGAUCCUGCUGGUCUAGCGGGGACCAUUGUGCCUCUCGCUCAGCAGACCCAACCCCCUGCCACUCCCAUGCGGCUCACUGACAUCAUUCCACAGGCAGCACCCCAGCAAACACAGCCUGCCAUGAUCCCUCAGCAGACUAUUGUCCAACAACAACAGAUAGGGAUAGAUCACCAGACCUCCACCCUUCAGCAGCAACCGCAACAGCAAAUGGAGGUCCAGGCAACUAUGCUCGAACAACAAGUUAGUACCACUCAGCCAACGGAGCAGCAUCCACAGAGCCUUUCAGCUACAGCUGUCCAGACACAUCAACAUGAGCCUCAGCAGCAGAUCUAUGUACAGCAGCCCGUUCCUCCUGUCCACACAACUCCUCAGCAGCAAGUAUUGCCUACACAAACAGGUAUGGAGCAGCAAGCUAUGUCAUUACCACAGCCAGGAGAGCAACCUCAGACUUAUAAACCUCAACAAACAGGUGAUCCUCGUGAGCAGACUAUGAUACAACCACAGCAACUGCAGCAACAGCUUCAACAACAACAAACUCUGAUACAACAACAACAACAGCAACAACAAGCUUUAUUGCUUGAGCAACAUCAGACAUAUGUCCAGCAGCAGCUUGAUCAGCAACAACAAAAAGCUUUGCUUCAACAGCAGCAACAACAGGCCCAAAUCCAACAGCAUCAAUUGGAGCAGCAGCAAGCACUUAUACACAAGCAACUGUUGGAUCAGCAGCAGCAGCAAACUCUUAUUCAACAGCAAGAGCAGCAGCAUCAACAGCAAGGUCUUUUACAACAACAACAACAACCGCAGCAAGUGCUUUUACAUCAGUUAGAGCAGCAACAACAACAGCCUCCUGUACAGCAACAGCAGCAGAGCCAGAUAUACCAACAAAUUGGACAACAUCAAACUGGAAUACAAAAAGAACCAGAGAUGCCACAGCAGCAACAAAUUGUAUUGCAGCAGCAACCUCACCAGACUCAACAGCAAAAGGAACAACAACUGCAGCAGCAAGCCCUGCUCCGACAAAUGGAACAACAACAGCAACAGGCGCUAUUACAACAACAUUUGCAACAGCAGGCUAUUUUACAACAGCAGCAGCUACAACAGAAAGUUCAACUACAGCAACAACAGCAAGAACAACAACAAGCACACCUCAAACAGCAAGCAGAGCAGCAGCAGCAAGCUCUCUUGCAACAACAGCUUGAACAACAGCGUCAGCAACAAGUGCUGUUACAACAGCAACAAGCAGAGAGAUUGCAGCAACAGGCUCUGAUACAGCAGCAGAUUCAAGAGCAGCAGCAAGCAGCCAUCAUUCAACUUCAGCAAACUGAGUCGGCCCCUGUUCCACAAAGUAACAAUGAGCAACAAAUUCAGCAGCAGUCAACUGAUAUACAGCACAUCUCACAACUAAACACUCAAUUUCCACCUCAUACCACUCUCACACAGCAAGUGAUAGAACAACAACAGCAUGCAGCAUUGAUCCAGCAGCAGCAAGCAUUCGUUGGCCAGCCUCAACAUCACACCUCCGCAAUGGAAACGCUUAUCCCAGUUGGAUCUCCAGCUGGCACUGAAGUGAUUCAGCACCAAACUCAAACUGUCUCACAGGCCCAGGUCCCCAUGGCUGUUCAGACUACACAGAUUCCUGUCCAGAAGUCUGCUGUCCCAUCUCAAGUCCUUACCCCGCAAGGGCAAAGUGAGGCUCACCUACAGAACCAGGGCCAGGCGCCAGUCCAGUUUAUAGCUCAGUCCACAGUCCAAGCAGCUCAGACUAUGAUUGAGGCCCAAGUAACUCCUCCAGCGGCAGUGAUCCAGGGGCAGCCCCAUCUCAUCCCAACCCAAAUUCCUUUACAGACUAGUUAUCAAGGAUCUGUCACUCCCACACAAAGCCAAGUAACUGCUCAGCCGUUAAUCCAGACUGUCCAGCCUCCAGCUGCAGUUACCUCAAUUCCCAGUCAGAUCAAACAUGAGACUGUUGUUCAGCAAAAUGCUCAAAUGCCAGGGCUCAUGCAUCCUCAGCUCCAGCAACAAACUCAAGGCCUGCCACCUAUCCAAGUGCAUGCUCAAGCCACUGCUGGCCUUUUGACCCCUCAGUAUGUCCCUCAGCCUACCCACCAAGCCAUGCCAUCUGUACAACAGGAUAUAACUCAUAUUACACAACAGCAGCAGCAACAAGAGCUAACAAUACAGCAGUACCAGCAGAUGACUCUGUCUCCUGGCUUAGCUGGAAGUGUUGCACCUACAACAGAUAGUCUCACUUCUGCAGUUGACCCAGCAAACUUUUUAGCCAGCCCUCAUUCUGUGCAGCAGGCUGGACAAGCUUAUGGUUCAGGACAAACAACAUUACAUCCGGUUGUUCAGACCCAGCAGCCGCUCAUUGGAAAUGCUGCUGAUCCCUCAGUCAUCCAGCCCCAAUCCCAUUCAGCUAUGCCCCAGUCAAGUGGGCAAUACCAGCAACAGCUACAGAAGCUUUCUCAAGCGCAGCAACCAAUAGCUUCACCAUCUCCACAGGUUCAGUUUCUGGCACAGCCCAUCCCAACUCCCAUCCAGCAACCACUUGCUCCAAAGCAGCCUUUGAUACCCCUUGAGGAGAGUCAGCUGCCCAACCCACCUGCUUCACAUCUGGUGACCCACACUACGGCACAGAUAGUUCCCAGUAAUGUGCCCGGGCCUCAGCCCCAGAACAGGAACCUGCCCCUGUACAGUCAUCUAGUGGCAGGACCCCCUCCAUGUCUGCAGCACCAAGCCAAGCAAAUGCUGCCUGCUCACACACACACACAAACUAGUGUUCAGGCUCAAACACACUCCCAAACACAGACACACGUUCAAACACAGGCACAUUCUCACACUCAGACACACAGUGAGACACCUAUCGCUGAACAGCCUGUCCUGCCCCAUGCUGUCUUCCCUGCACAACAGAUGCCCCUAAGCCCCUCUCAUACCUCAUGUCCCCCAACAUGUCUACCAUCUCUUCCAUCCCUACAAUCCUAUCAUCCUCCUGCUGCCCCUGUGCAAGAGCUGCCUACGUCUCCUCCAGCGGCACAGGUAACCUUACCAGGGCAUGCCGACUUUAUACCCACCUCCGCUCCGCCUGUCACUACUCUACAAUCGCUUGAUUCUAAUGCCCCCAAACUGCCCCAAGCCUCGCUGCAAGACUGUGACCUUUCCCUGCUGGGUAUUGCUCAGGAUGAUCCGUACCUCUCAAGUACGGAACGUCAUUCUUCUUCAGGGUCUGUUCCAGCUAAUGGAGAAGAAAGUCUUCAGAUGUUGGCCAAUGGGAAGUUAGAGAAAUUAAAGACUCAAAGAAGAGCUUCCUGUCAAAGGCCUGAGAAAGUUUCACAUCAGUUUCAACUGAGUAUGCUCCAGGUGUCUGGCAGUGGGGACAAUAUGGUGGAAUGCCAGUUGGAGACCCAUAGCAACAAAAUGGUGACAUUUAAAUUUGACAUUGAAGGGGAUGCGCCUGAGGACAUAGCAGAUUACAUGGUGGAAGAGGACUUUGUUCUUGAUGUCGAGAAAGAAAAAUUUGUUGAGGAGCUUAGAGCCAUAGUUAAGAAAGCUCAUGAAAUUCUUCGAACGCAUUCAUUGACUGGAUCAACCGACCAGCUGCAUGUGAGCACUCCUACUAGCUCCUCAGUGGACUCAGUUCCCCAUUCUUCCCCAGUGGGACGCUGGCGCUUUUUUAUCAACCAGACCAUCCGCCAUAGAGACUCUCUAUCCACCCAGGGAGCAGUCACACCACCACUCACUUCAGAGACAAAGAUACCUCAGUCUCCUAAAACAGAGAAAGGUGAGCUAAAUCGAGCUGUAGAAAAUGAAGGAUCCCAGAAUUUGGAGUCCUUGACUAGAAUGGCUUCUCCCCCCUGUCCUGACCUUUCUGCCACCUCUCCUCCAGUUUCCACUGUCUCAGCCCCUGCCUCCAUGGCCACCUCAGCCACCACCCCAGCUCCUAACACUACCGUCUCUGAAAGCAUCUCUGCACCAGCCUCCACUCUUGAAGCCUCUGUCCCUGUCGCUGCUUCAGGUGGUCUUGAACUCCUCACCUCAGCUUCUGUUGACCAAAUUCCCAGUGCUCCCUCAUCCAUACCAAUACCUGCUGCUAACCUCCCCACUUUGUCCACUGCUCCUGCUGUUGUAUCUCCCACACCCAUCACCAUUCUGCCAGAUUCUUCUCCUGGAACCAGUGGUUGCUCCAAUGUAGGUCAAAGUAUAGGGGACACAGUGAUAACUGCUCCACAUCCCUGUGUGCCUGCAGCGGACCAGUCUUCAACCUCUUUUCAUUCCACUCCUUCCCCUGCUGCUACUGCAGUGAUCUCUUCUGCGGUAAGCCAGCUGGGCAUGGAGCAGCAGCAGUCACUCCCACAAGUGGCCCACCCGGCCCCACAACAACCACAGCCACAGCUACAGCCUGCGUUACAGCAGCAGGUGCCAGCAGUUCAACAGCAACUGCAGGCAAUGCAGCUUGAACAACAGGCACAACAGACACAGCAAGCACAACAACAAUUGCAGUCACAGCAUCAAGUGUACCAAGAACAAAUUCAGCUGCAGCAGGAAAGAGCACUGCAACAGUCUCUCCAGCAGUUACAACAUCAGCAGCUAAUGCAGAAACAAAUACCACUUCAGCAGCAACUGACUGAGGUGAAGGUGCUGCCUCGGCCAGGUCACACAGAAUUGUUACAACAGUCUGUGCCUCUGCAGCAGUUUCUGCCCCCAAUGCCCCUACAGCAGACCCAGCAACCUCUUCAACAACAGCAAACACAACAGUAUGCCCCACAGUUGCUGCAACAGCCUCAGUCACAGCAGGUACCACAGCAGAUUAUGGCACCCCAAGCUGCUGUAGUGCCUCAGCACCAGGCACACAUUGAUCACCAGCAGCAGCAGCAGCAGCAGCAGCAACAGUUAAACCCACAACAGACAAUACGCUUACAGCAACAGCAAAUGGUGCAACAGCAGCUACAGCAGCAGCAACAUCAGCUUUUGAUGGGUGCUGUGGCUUUAAAGCCAGACCAAAGCCAAAUGCUGCCGUUGACAAUUAGUCAACAGCUUCUUCAACAACAGCCUAAGCUAAAUGUUAGCCCUGUUGCGCAACAGCAGAUUCCACAACAAACUCAAGUCCCUGCUGAGCUAGCACAACAACAUAUACAGUCACAGAUACAGCUGCAACACACUGAGCUGCAACAAGAGGUGGUUAAAGCCAUGGAGACACCCCAGAAGCAGAAUUUUACGGUGCAGAAGCAGUCCUCUUUACAGAUGUCAGAGUCAGAGGUGUCCACAGGAGAGACAAGUGUCACAGAAGACACAUGCAGCUACUCUGCCCCUAUUCACCCUACUACUUCUGACUCUUCUCUGCCCCCUCUUCAUCUAGGCACUGCUGAUGCCCCCUUACCUGCCCUCUCCCUCACAAUGACGCCAUCACCUGCUCAGCCCUCCUCUGUGGCCGAGUCAGACAGUGAGGGUCCCCCCAAAAUUGAAUUUGUAGACAAUCGCAUAAAGACUCUGGAUGAAAAGCUAAGGAACUUGUUGUAUCAAGAGUACAGCAGUGGGGCACCGCUGGCCGGGGGACCUCCCUCCGGUCCAACAUCUGCUGCUUCUACAUCAGCAGGAGGAGAUGAAUCAUCUGAGCCGCUGUCGAUACACCAAUUGUCUUUUCCCCCACCCUCCUCCUCCUCAGACACAUCCCCUCACUCUUCAUCCUCCACUACAUCCUCCACCACCUCCCGUUCCUCCUCCACCUCACCUGACCCGGAGAGGGAUCGGGUAGCAGAGGAAGAUUCCUCAGAAGUGCCCAACUUUGCAGAGCUGGGCCCGGUGGAGCAACAGCCUGGCCCAUCACUCCCCUCCACCUCUGCCUCGUCCACCCCACCUACCUCUCUUCUGCCUCCCAAUCAGGAUGACUCUGCUGGGCCCCAGCGCCCACCUGUACCAGGAGAACCAACCAUUCUUGCUGUACCCCCACACUCUGACACCAGUACCACUGGAGACGCAUCGUGGCCCCCCAAUCAGCAGCCGAUCCCCCUCCGGCAUGGACAGCAGAAGCACAAUGCAGGAGGUGGAUAUUUUGGCCUAAACCUGACAUGUCCUAGUAUCAGAAAUCCUGUUAGCAAGAAAUCCUGGACUCGCAAAUUCAAAAACUGGGCGUGCAAACUGCGCCACUCCGCCAGCUUGUUCAAGAAGCCCAGGGUCCAGCAAGAUGGACGUUGCAGCAGUCAGGCACUUGGAGAGGAUAAGGAGGCGCUACCCUUAAAUCCACCUCAGUCACGCAAAGGGAGAUUUCAGGUGACUCCAGUGACCCAGUCUUCUCCCCCGAUUGAUUCACCAUCUGGCCACAGUGGCACUCACAGGAAAGUGGGACGCUUCUCAGUAACCCAAACUGAGAGUAAGAAAGAGGACAGGCAGACUGACAGCUCCCCAGUGUCUCCUGAUUUGGAGAGGGAGAGGAGGAGAUCUCGGGCAAAGGAGGGAGAGAAGGAGGAAAGUAAGAGGACCCCAGCAAUGGCUCACCUGCCUCGAGGUCAUGCGCACAGCCACUCACCCCUGGGCAGCAGCGAUGACGAUGAUGAUGAGAGUGAACUGGAGGAUGAAGACUUGAGAAAAGAACUACACAAGCUCAGAGAAAAGCACAUCAAAGAGGUUGUUUCCCUUCAGGCUCAGCAGAACAGAGAGCUACAGGACCUGUACAGACAGCUUCGUUCCCUCAAAGACCAAAGGCAGAGUCUCCCUGCUUCCCUGUCCCGAACCCCUCCUCUCUCCACGGCACCUCCUGUCCUCUCUCCUCGUAGGCCAAGGCCAGCCAAAGUCAAGGUCCGGCCCCGGCCUCACUCUCACAUGGAUAAUAAUGGAGUCACGCACUCUGGAAUACAGCAGUCAAGCAGUUAUUCUGGUGGUGAACAGAGCAGACUGCCGCAGUACUGCAACCCAGAGCACCAUGCUUCAUUGCCUGCUAAAAGAGAUCAGAGUCCACUAAGAAAAAGCACAUUCACAGAUGACCUGCACAAACUUGUUGAUAAUUGGACAAAAGAGACGGUGGGCCCCUCUCUGCCCAAGCCUUCGCUGAAUCAAAUCAAGCAGAUUCAACAGGUGCAGGAGUUGGGAGGCUGGAGCCAGCAGACUGAGGUGGCUCCACCAGGUUGGUUUCCAGUGUCACCAUUGAACCCCCAGGCACCCUCGACCCCUACCAGCUUGCCUGUGGUAGCCCCUUCCCAUUAUACAGGUGGAGGGAGCCUGUCCACUCUGCCCUCUCCGGGACCAGCACCACAAACACACAUGGCUCAAGUGCCACAGAUACAACAAAGUUUACACCUCCAUCAGUCUCUCCCCCUCCAGCAGAUGUCCUAUCAGCAGUCCCCUUUCCGCCAGCAGAUACCGCAGCCCCGGAUGCAAAGCCCCGUACAGUCUCAGUCACUACCACAGACACAACCCAUCACCCAGCUGCCCCACUCGCCACCUCAAAGCCAACCGCUGCUGCCUUCCCAAAAGCCCACAUCUCCUGUGUCCACGGCCCCACCUCUGCCACCUGGAAGCGGCACCACCGCACCCACUGAUAGCACUGCUGCUACUGGGGGGACAUUUUGCUCCUGUUCCUCAUCCUCUUCCAGCUCUUCCUCUUCUUGCUCUACUGCUGCUCUUCCUUCCAGUGCCAAAAUUCACCCAACACCCCCCACCUCUACUCUUCCUUUGGGACAGAAAUAAAACCAAGGCAAAGUGUGAGGUCAAUAUGAAGGUGCAAGUGAUGGAAAUACUAAGUGGAUUAGGACACGAAGCAGAUCCAUUUGGAGUGUUAGUUUUGUGUAUGCAUGAGAGAGUUGUGACUGCAAUGAAUAUAUGGAUUCCAGUGUACUUCAAGAUGAGUUGGGGAGUGAAUGUGAGAGACGAUAGAUACUAGUAUGUACAGACAGAGGAUAAUAUGGAACACAACAGCUGGGGUUUGGGAAUCAUGCUAUGUUUGGGUGUUGAGAUGUAUAAAUUCUUAAAUGUAUGAGUGUGUGUGUGUGUUUAUGAGUGUGGGUGAGUGCUUAUGGAUUACCCAAGUACAUAUCCCUCAUGUCCUUUUACACAAAUCAACAUUCAUGUUUUUGUUUUGAAACCAACUCAGUUGUACCUGAACUCUCCCUAAGCAGAGACAAGAAGGACAAAAUGUUUGACAGUGUGUUGACGUUUUUGUUUAAUCUGUCAAUGCUUACAGUGAAAGGACUAUCAAUUUUAAAAGUGCAAUUAGUAAUGGUCAUCUUAAAUUGAUCAGCAUGUAUUGUAUGGAUUUGUCUGUAAGACAAAAUAUUUUUGUAGAUAUUCAUGGAAACCAGAUGCAUAGGGAAUCUAUGAUCUUUAGGUGAUCUUUUAAAACUGUGGGCCCACAGCACAAGGAGUUUUAAUAGGGAAUGAAAAAAAAUUAAAUAGCAUGCUACAUAGUAGAGCACGGUAAAGUUAUCUGGCUACCAUAAUUACCACAAUGCGACCAAACGCACUGUUGCAGUGUUGUGCACUGGUACAGCAUGUGCUUCAUUUGUACUGUUUCACGCUUAGCAGUUGUAACAUAGAAAAAAGUCUGAAUUACCAUGAGUGAUGUGAUACAAACUCACAUAAAUUCAUAAUAUGAUGGUAAAUUGGAACAUGCCAUCAAUGUUCAGUGGAUACCUGGGUACACUCAACCUGCUGCAUGACCUUUUGAUGAACUUAACUUGCUUGAGUGCAAACUGUUUGCACUUGCACUUGUAUAUUCAUGAAUCUCACAUUUACUAUUUGCAGUCUACUGAGAUAAUUCAUCAGUCACGAGUAAAUUUGUUUUCGGUAUGAUAUGCUUUCACAUUUGACAUUUUUGCUUUCACUUUGAGCUCUGCAUAUCAAAGUAGGCUGCAUCACAGUGUCAUGCUGAGGAGGAAUAUAAAAAAGAAAAAACAACUGCCAAGUUAUUAAAGACUGGGGAGACCAUAUGGGUUAUUCCCAUAUUGCCUUUUAAAAUUACAGCAUUUUUGUGGGUGUGUGAGUUUUUUUUGUGUGACAAAGCCUUGUGAUAGUCCCAUGGUAUAUUGCAUUAUAAAUGCAUCCCUGUAUCUUUCAUUCAAAGCGGCCUCUCAAAUGUCACUGUACCCAACUGAAAAUGUUUACUCUGCCUGUGUUUAGGACUUGUUUCCCCAAGAAACAAAACGAGUGAGAGCUUAGACCAUAUACCAUACACAGAUUGUUUAAUGUCUUACCCAUUGUCAGCUUUGUUAGGUAUUAGACAACUUAUUUCAAUUGUGAACUAUUUAGCCUUUGACCAUAGUAUGAAUGCAUCUGCCAGAAGCCCAACUGUGAGUCAUAACUGUGGUUUAUGCCCACUGCAAAGGGUUUACUCUAGUCAAAGUUAUUCCAUUAUUCUAUUUCUAGGCUCACUUUAUUUGUAGAUGCAGAGAUACAGAAAGUAAUAUAUCAACAGUGGAUAUAUUACUGUACAUUUUAUUGAGUUAUAAGUGCACCUAGCCACACACACAAUUGAACUAUGGAUGGUCAGGCGUUAACACACUUUUUUGGCAUAAUAAGUAGCCUGUAGUUAAAGCAGCAUUUCUGUUUUAUUAAUGAUAGCGAGAUUGUGUGCCACUGAAAAUGGGAGAUUGUACUGGUUGUUACAUUUAAAACAUGAAUUGUGAAGGGGGAACAGCUUGAGCUAAUGGAUAUGGUUGAUCAGAAACCGCAAUUGCAUAAUUUAGAAUAUGACAAUUUUCUGUAUUUGUUGCUUUUCAAGACAACCCACAUUGUCACAGAGAUGUAGUUUAUUAUUAGUGAAGGUGAAAUACUGUGCUGUCAUGUCUGAUACUAACAUGUUGACUGCAAGCUACAGCUUAACAAUCAUCAUUCAUGAUGUGAAGCUGGCUUUGUCCUUGAAGUGUUACCAAAAUGUUAUCUAAAAGUUAAAAAUUAUUUUUGUAUUUUGAAAUGGGGUUGUACAAAUUGUAAACUUAUGUUCUCAUCAUUAUAAAUCUGAGGUUAUUUGAAACUAGAAAACACUGGUUUUCAUCCCUGUUUACAUGGGACUCCCCUACCUUGAUAUACCUCUAAGUCCUGACAGGCCAGGGUCAUUCAAGCAAACAUUUUGAGACUUUUUCAUAAUUUUUGACAUCUUAUAUCAAUUUUGAAAUAAAUCAUGACCACCUGGAAGAUACAUAACAGAAUGACAUAAGCCUUUGCUAGGCUGUUGGUCAGAUUUAAUAAACUUAAACUAAACUUAAAAUUAAUACAACAUAAUCUGGGGAGUUCCAAAAUGGCAUUAAUGAGAACCAAUGAUUAAAGGACAUUUGGGCAGAGAAACCUCAAAAAAUAAAGUCGGUGAUUUAGCCUCUGUAAAUUGUAACUAAUUCAACUGUUGAUUUAUUUAUGUUUUGUAACUAAUCAAAAUAAAUGAUGUUAAACAUCAAAA